AAAAUUUCUACUUUCAUUUUAUCAUGAGUUACCUGCUCGAGUCAUUGGAGACGAAAGAAGACGUAGACAGAGCUAUUUCAAAGACCACAGACGUUGUUUUAUUAUUGAGGUUUGGUAGAGACCAAGACUCAACAUGUUUACAACUAGAUCACUUGCUUGCCAAAUGUUCUCAAGAGUUGGCGAAUAUGGCCAAGAUUUACAUUGUUGAUGUUGAUAAAGUUCCAGUUUACACCAAAUACUUUGAUAUUACCCUGAUCCCAUCUACCAUAUUCUUCUUCAAUGCUCAACACAUCAAGGUUGAUUGGGGCACCCCAGACCACACGAAAUUUAUAGGCAGUUUUCGGAACAAGCAGGACUUAAUAGACGUGGUAGAAGUUAUUUACAGAGGAGCAAUGAAGGGCAAGGUCAUUGUAACAAGCCCUCUAGACCCAGCCAAUGUACCGAAAUAUGAACUGAUUUACAAGGACAUUUGACAGUCUUAAAUCUGUUUAGUUAAUAUGUACAUGUACAUAAGCCAAGAUGUACACUCUAUGGGUACUGUCAAAUAUGCAAUAAGCAUGACCAAAGUGAUGCACCCUCAGUGCAAUCACACUGACGGGAUUACUAUAUUCAAUCAAUGGUUAGAAGACUGUGUGUUCAGGGAUUCACCAUAACUUACUCGUACUUACAUGUGCAGUGCAUGGUGUCAAACUUUGAUAUACAUUAACUGGCUGUUUGUCCUGGCGUAAAGUAUCUACAUGUAAAACUUGAAAAUUAAUUUGCAAUGAAGUUCAUGAAUGUUUCUUCUACCAACAGUUUUUGUGAUUAUUCCUCAUGCUCUUCAUUCAGGGCAAUUUUGACUUUCAGUUCAUUCUUGUUUGAUAAAAAAAAUAAUGUGACUCAAUUUUAAGUGCAUGCAUGAUAGAGCAAGAUAGAAUUUCUCAUGGAUUGAAUUUUACUGUCACUCAUAUACAUAAGAAUAAUUUAUGUUACCUUUAUAAUUCGUUUCUAUGUCACUUUAAGUUUUCAAACUACAUGAACUUUAUAUUUUCUGAAAUGUUCAUUUUAAAAUUUUAAUAUAUUUCAUGAUUUACAUGUUGCCAGAG